AUGUCCUCAUUUGGAAAAGAUGGACGAGCAACUCCCCCAGGGACAUUGCAAGAGAUUCUUGGAUCUACUUCAGAUGUUUCAAUGUUUUGGGAACACUUGCUGGACUCACGGAUAACGGCAAUAAAUACUUCAAAAUGUGCCGCUGCGGGAGAAUGCAUUACCGUUCUUGCUCCAAACAACGCUGCUUGGAGCCAACGAGCGGCCAGUCUCUCUUGGUCAACCCUGUCGAUUGAAGAGAAACAGAAAAUCAUAUUUGGCCAGUACCUCGAAAGUCCAAAAACCGGUUCGAUUCCAACGAAACUUUCUACAUUAAACUGGCAACUUGCUGGAGAGUCGUUGCCCUUGAUAGACGUCGGCUUUGGCAAGGGUGCGCUUUAUAACGAAAUUGUCGGUCCGCGCUAUGCUUUUUCAGUUACGGAAACACCAGGAGUAUACUAUAUAAAUGAUGCCAAGGUAAUAACAAAAGACCUGGAUGCGUCAAACGGAAUGAUUCAAAUCAUGGACAAAGUGGUGAACUACCCUUAUGAAUCAAUGGACUUUUAUCAAUACUUGAGUCAGGCACAAGAGCUGACAUGGACUGAGGGUUCAGGGAGUCGUGCGAUAAAAUUUUAUGUUGGGUUCCCCCAGGAUCCACUUCCAACAGCCGUAAAUACAGGAUCACUUACUCCCGGGGAAAUGGCUGGUUCGGGCGAGGGUGCUCCAGUGACAAUUACAGUAAAGGGCUCAUACGCUCAAACGGCAGGGCCAGCAGUGGCCUUAAGAAACGCCGUUCUCAUACCUGUGACUGCUCCUAUUGGAUAUCUACACGAAACAACGCAAGAUGCUUUAGCUCGUCUAUCUCCGAGCUACGUCAAAACCGGAAUCCUAGACAAACAAAUCAAAGGUGGCCCCUACACUUAUUUCGCUUCGGAUAACAAGGCUUUCGAUGACAUGGAAGCUGACACAAAUGUGGGCGUAAAACUUCUCAAGGACCCAGAUAGGCUGACAUAUGUACUUCGGCGCAUGAUAUUUCCACUACAAAUACUGCUUAAUGAGCUAAAUGUCACUCUGAAAUAUGAUGUGGCAACUGCCAACAACGCUUUUACUCUUGAGUAUGUUCGCUUUGACCUACAAGCGGAAACCGGCGUUAAUUCUGCAAUUGUGAAUGGAACUAUCAAUGUCUCAAUGUUCAAUGGCGGAUAUCAGUGCACUGAUGGAUGGAUCUACUCCGUGGACAAGGUAUUCUACGUCCAGGCUGACCUUGAAAGAAGUUUAUGCACAAUGCCGGCCUGUCUCUCAUCAACUACAACUGAAUAA